ACCCUCGCUUUUUCAAUCAGCUGUCCACAGGACUGGAUAUCAUUGGCUUGGCUGGGGAGUGGCUGACAUCAACUGCUAAUACAAACAUGUUUACCUAUGAAAUUGCCCCUGUUUUUGUCCUCAUGGAACAAAUAACACUUCAAAAGAUGAGAGAGAUUAUUGGAUGGUCAAAUAAAGAUGGCGAUGGAAUAUUCUCACCUGGAGGAGCCAUCUCCAACAUGUACAGCAUAAUGGCUGCACGCUACAAGUAUUUCCCUGAAGUCAAAACCAAAGGCAUGGCUGCAGUCCCUAAACUGGUUCUCUUUACCUCAGAACAUAGUCACUACUCAAUAAAGAAAGCUGGAGCUGCACUUGGAUUUGGAACAGACAAUGUGAUUUUGAUAAAAUGCAAUGAAAGAGGCAAAAUAAUACCAGCUGAUUUGGAAGCAAAAAUUUUGGAAGCUAAACAAAAGGGUUACAUUCCUCUUUUUGUAAAUGCAACUGCAGGCACAACAGUGUAUGGAGCCUUUGAUCCAAUACAGGAGAUUGCAGAUAUAUGUGAAAAAUAUAACCUCUGGCUCCAUGUAGAUGCUGCCUGGGGAGGUGGACUCUUAAUGUCCCGAAAGCAUCGUCAUAAACUUAAUGGAAUAGAAAGAGCCAACUCAGUCACUUGGAAUCCACACAAGAUGAUGGGAGUGUUGUUACAAUGUUCUGCCAUUCUUGUCCGGGAGAAGGGUAUACUUCAAGGCUGCAAUCAAAUGUGUGCAGGCUAUCUCUUCCAGCAAGACAAACAGUAUGAUGUAUCCUAUGACACUGGAGAUAAGGCAAUACAGUGUGGUCGACAUGUGGACAUUUUCAAAUUCUGGUUGAUGUGGAAGGCAAAGGGUACAGUAGGAUUUGAAAAUCAGAUCAACAAAUGCCUGGAGCUGGCAGAAUAUCUCUACACUAAAAUCAAAAACAGAGAAGAAUUUGAGAUGGUUUUUGAAGGGGAGCCAGAGCAUACAAAUGUAUGUUUUUGGUAUAUUCCGCCAAGUCUCAGGGGCAUGCCAGACUGUGAUGAGAGAAGAGAAAAGUUACACAGGGUGGCACCGAAAAUCAAAGCACUGAUGAUGGAGUCAGGUACUACCAUGGUUGGAUAUCAGCCUCAGGGCGAUAAAGUCAACUUCUUCCGAAUGGUCAUCUCAAACCCAGCAGCAACUAAGUCUGACAUUGACUUCCUCAUUGAGGAAAUAGAGAGAUUGGGGCAGGAGCUGUAGUACAGUGAUUGAAUUAUUUAUUUCUCUAAUUCACUGUUUUCCAGCACUGGCUGUUUUUUUAACCCAGUUCUGCAGAACAUGUUUUAAGGAAAUUCUCUUUCUGUAAGUUCCACUCUCCUAAGACAUAACAACUAUAGGCUACUGAAACAUAUAUGUAUUGGUAGAUCAUAUUACUGAGGGAAAACGUAUUAUCUUGAAGUUGAAGUACUAUUGACUCUUACAUUGGUCUUGUUUAUUGU